AAGCUUCGUUUAACCACCAUCAAUAACCACUAUAUAAUAGAUGAGAAGACUCAAUGAACAAAUGACAUCGGAGCGUAAUACAUCGGGUGCAACAUGUCAGCGAUUCUGGUGUCAGCCGUAAUAACUUUUGUGGUCUUAAUAAUAACUCAGCUGUUAAUCAAAUUACUGAGAGUGAAGUAUGCUUACAAGGGAUUCCCCGAGCCUCUUGAAAAUAAGCACUGGGUACUAGGUCAUCUCCCAAUUUUUUCGGGUAAGAUAAAUACGCAGACGAUUAUAGCCAAGUUUCUAGAAUGGACGGCCAAGUACCCAAAGAUCUUCGUCCUAUGGUUUGGUCCCUUCGACCCUAAGGUGGUGCUUAAUCAUCCUGACACCAUCAAGAAAGUCCUUAAAACCGCAGAUCCCAAACCGGUUGGCUUUGGCCAGGCGUACAGGUACGGACUGCCUUGGUUAGGAGAGGGACUCCUGAUUGCGGGGGGUGCCAAAUGGAAGCGCUCCAGACGUCUGCUUACUCCCGCCUUUCAUUUUGACAUCCUGAAACCUUACGUUAAGAUCUACAAGUCGUGCGCAGAUAUUCUAGCGCGAAACAUAGAAAUCUCAGGUGAGAAGAACGAGAGCGUGGAGAUCGUCAGCCUUGUCAGUGCCUGUACCCUGGACAUCAUUCUACUGUGUGCUUUUUCGUACAAGACUGACUGUCAAAACAUCUGCGGAACCACGCACCCGUACAUAAAAGCCGUGAAUGAGAUCGCAGCUACAUGGAAUCACAGAAACAGGACUCCCUGGCUGUAUCCGGACCUUAUAUUUUACCGAACGACAGAAGGGAAGAGUUUUAAAGCCAAGUGUGAUUACGUCCACCAAGUAGCUGAGGAUGUGAUAGACAAAAGACGCAACACAUUGGAAAGCCAGGAUAUCUCAUCACAAAGGUAUUUGGAUUUCUUAGACAUCCUGUUGACAGCUAAAGAUGAGGACGGAAAAGGAAUGUCAAAAGAGGACAUUCGGAAUGAAGUGGACACAUUCAUGUUCGAAGGUCAUGAUACUACGGCUAGCGCCAUCUCUUGGAUUCUAUAUUCCUUGGCGGAGAAUCCCGAAUAUCAGCGAAAAUGUCAAGAAGAAAUCGAUAAAGUCAUCAGUGAGACAAAAUCUGGACAACUUGAGUGGAAGGACCUGGGUAGGCUGGAGUACCUGACACAGUGCAUCAAAGAAGGAAUGCGCCUCCACUCCCCUGUUCCUGGGAUCAUGAGGGAAAUCCAGGCUCCCAUCAAAGUGGAGGACCUCGAGAUCCCUGCCAAGGCCAAUGUCAUGAUCAGUAUCAACAGUCUUCACCAUAACCCCACAGUGUGGGGGGAGGACCAUGACCAGUUUAAACCCGAGAGGUUCUCUCCAGAAAACACCGAGGAAAGAGACUCGUUCGCCUUCUGUCCAUUUUCUGCAGGUCCAAGAAACUGUAUAGGUCAGUCUUUUGCCAUGAGUGAAGAACGGACGGUGCUGGCUACACUGCUUCAAAAGUUCACCUUUUCUGUUGACAAAACACAUAAAGUUGAGAAGCAGAUUUCUGCUGUUAUGCGGGCUAGAGAUGGAAUUAAACUGUUCGCCUACAAAAGAUAGAUGUUCAUACCUGCACAACUGAAAUGCAAUUAUCUGAAAUGACUCAUUUGUACUACGUUUUAAUACAUUGAACUUAGUUUGUUGUUUUUUUUUUCGAUGUGAUGUGCCAUCGCGUAUUGGGCUAUUUUGCUUAUCCAAAUGAAGGAGGAAUUUGUUAUAUUAUAGUAUGUGCAUUAAACACUAAAGUUGUAUAAAUGUACACAUGUUUAAAUAUUCUUUAAAUUUCUUCCUUAUAAAAAAAGAACAUGACUUUUAUAUAAACUUUGAUGUGCUAGAUUCUCAUUUCCAUUUGCUCUUUAGAUGUGUCGAUCCCACCUAGAUCUUUUGUCAACGCCCAAAUAUAAGACUUGUGUUAUGUGGAAACCGUGGAUAGAAUGUCAUUGAUGUCGGGUUUACUAUUUAAAUUAUCCUUUUUUCCAUUUUUAAUUUUAGGACAAUUUAUUUGAAACUAAAUAAGUAAAUAUUUUUACGGAAGAAAAAUUAAAGGCAGAAUUCAAAAGUUAGCUUAAAUUUAUAUUUGAACGAAAUUACAGUUUUGGACAAUAUAGAGGAAGUAAAAUAUAAUAAAGAUAAUUAUUUUGACGUCACACCGAUUACUAUGGUUUUGUUUAUAUAUAAAAUGUACACAAUACUCUGAAUAAAACACUUGUUUUUGCCCUUCGGUUACUCAUGUAAUCGACUGAACAAAAUUGAUAAUGUUUAGAUUCACAUGUCAAUCUACAGAAUAAAUGCAUUUUUAUUAAAUAAA